AUGCCUCCAGCAUUCGCCCUAGACAAAAAUGCGACAUCAGACCCGGCAAACAGCAGUAAGAAGACGAAGAAGACAAAAUCACGAAAUGGUUGUGGGAGAUGCAAGCUGAAACGGCUCAAGUGCGACGAGACUCCAGGAAAAUGUCUGCAAUGUGAGAAGAGAGGGAUUAGAUGUCCUGGCUAUGAGAAGACGCUCAAGUGGUCGACCAAGUAUGAAGUUCUGCAACCCACGCUCCAAUGGGAUGUGGCACACCAAGGUGGUGACGCCGCCUUGUCGGGAACCUCGGUGAAUGAAGUCUUGCUACCACCAGAUGUAGUCAGUGGAUUCGAAGCACUUGCUGCGGUGCUCCCGUCAGUGAAGCAAAGGUCAGAGGCAAUAGAGGAAGUCCAUGCCUCUCCCGAUCAACCAGACCAGUCUCCCGAGAGUUCUGAGCAAUUGGCGUCAGCGACACCACACUCAACGCCAGAUGAGCAGGUCUUUCCCCUCGAAUUCCAGGACCCUCUACAGAUCGAGCCGCUUGCAGAUGACAGUCUCGACGUCGAUGAAGAAUUCGGACGAAACCUGUCCUUCGAUGGCCUGGAAACCAUCACCUUCGCCGACGAAUGUGCAAUAUCCGACAACUUAUCCGAUGUUGAAGAGUUAUGGCAUUCCCAAGACGAUACCUCCUCUGUCGGACAACCCAGUCCACGAUUAUCCCGCUCCUUACUUCUCGAUUACUACCGCCUACCGAGCCCAUCACCGAGGGCGUCGCUAGAUGAUAUGGAAUCGAUGCUGGUCCAGCAUUACUUCAAAGAUGUCUGCGUACUAUUUUCCUCCUUUGAUUCCGUCCUCAACCCUUACAGAACAACCAUCGGUCGUAUAUUCCAGGGCUCCUCGUCUAUUUAUUAUGCUAUCCAAUCCAUGGCUGCCGCGCAUUUAGCAAAUAUCUUCCCAAAUAUGACAAAUGUCGGUAUCGACAUGCAACGGAAAGCAUGCGAAUGCCUUCAAACCGAACUUCCCCUCGUACAACGCGGCCAAAUCAACGGCACGACGACGUUCCUGAGUAUCAUAUUACUGGGCAUGACUACGUCAUGGCACGAGAGCAGUGCGCUCGGAGAAGAGUUCCUUACCACGGCGAGGAGUCUAAUACUGCCAAAACUUCUGUCAAGCUCAGAGAAAGAGGAGGUGCACCGGGAGACGCAAUUCUUCGAGGAGUCUUUAAUAUACUGGGAGAUGCUGAUGGGAUAUGUGACACAGGACUCGCUCUCGUUCUCUGGGUCAGGUCUGCGGAGCAGGAUGAUGACCAGACCGGCACCGGCUGCUCGCAAUCGCGAGGGCAAGAUCGUACCGCACCCUUGGACUGGCAUCGCGCCGACGAUACAAUUUCUGUUUGCCGAAGUGGGAAGGUUGGUGCGGAAGGAGCGUAUCCUCGCCAUUUUCGGGGGGAACGACCCAAGACAGCGACAAGAAAACCUGCUCAACGCCGCGACACUGGAAGAAGACCUCCUCGCCGCCGAGUACCCCGUAGCAGACGACCUAGCCGACCCAGGCGACGCCCGCACCUCGAAGCGCGACUUCAUCGUCAUUGCAGAGUCGUACCGACGAGCUGGUCUUCUCGAACUCUACCGCGUAUUCCCAUCGACCCUGCGCAAGCGAUUAGGCCUUGACAAACACACAUGGACGGAGCCUCUCGACUUCGAAUGCCCGACGCCGCGGUUCGAGACCCCCUACGAAGAUCUCGACACAAAGCUGUGGCUCAACUCGCUGGCUCUGCACAUCCUCGGCGAGCUCGAGACGCUGCCCUCGUCGUCGGGCACCUGCUGUCUGCAACCGAUCCUCUUCGUGUCCGCCGCCUCCGAGCUCAAGUACGUCUCUUCAGUCGACUUCUUCGACGUCACCUCGAACGACGUGAAGGUGCAGCGAGCGCGAGACUUCGCCCUGAAGCGACUCGAGGAGUACUCCAUGCGGCUUCCCGGGAAGCCGAUACGGAAGUGCAUCAACCUCGUGGGCGAAGCGUGGCUCGCCUUGCAGCUUCCAGCAAUACUCAAAGCCCACGUUCGCGCUUCUUCCGUCUUUAUCAGCUCCACCUCCCGGCAAAAGUACGAUGUCUCUAAGGGCCCUCGAUUCGAAGGAUAUCAGUGGCAUUGA